AUGACUGAACCAUCUGUCACUAAUUUCACUGCUGCCGUUGUUCCUGACUCUACUACUGCAGAGCCAGACACUCAUGAUGAAGCCCCGCACAAAGAGUCUGCUUAUACUGACGCUGUUAAUAAACGACUUCGCACACUAAGAAAGAAAUUGGCAAGUGCUGGUCAUAAUGACAGCUUUACUAUUCCAUACAUCAAGUAUGAGCAGUCUAACCCAGACGACCUUAAUCCAGAUCAGCUUUUGUCUGUCCGACGUAAGCCCGAGAUUGUGAUAGCCAUCAAGGAACUGGAGGAUUUUAGUGCUCAAAUCGCUGUUAUAGACCACCAGAAUGCAGAACUAUUGAAACAAAAGGAAGUCUUACAGUGCAAGGAAGUUGCUGUCCAGAUUGCUGCUGCUGAAGUUGCCGCCAAGUCUGUAUUUGAUAAACAGCUCGAAUCAUUCCUUUACAGCUGGUAUGCAUUAAAUAUUGCAUUGCCUCAAACAUCGACGAUUUCUCUUUCUGCUCCAAAGAUAGAGGCUCUCUUGUUGCUUAAAGCUGCUCUUGGUGGUCAAGGUGUUCCUUGUUCCGAAGUGUUUGCAUAUAUUGAAUCUGCCAAACUUCAUGUCGAGGCUCUUGCUAAACAAUCUGAAUCUUUUUUUCCCCAGUCAUCACUGACUUAUGCAAGCCUUGGGAGCUUAUUGAAUGAUUUGAUAUUUCCACCCCCACCUCCACAGUUUGGUACAACACUGAUGGCAGAUCUUGCGGAUGAUGUCAAGGAAGAGAUAAUUGCCGAGCCAGAACCCAGCCAUGUAGAUGAAAGUGCUUUGAAGAGACCUGGUUUAAUCUCGCGAGGCAAUAAGAUAAGCAUCAAUUUUCUGGUUCCAUCAGAAGUUUUGGAUAAAAAGCUAGAACAAGAUGUACAUUCUCAAGAGUUGAUUCCCGAGUCUGAUGCAGACAAAGUAUCCAAGCACGACCCACUACUAAGCGUUGCUGCAUCUGCAGCCGAGAGCGUUUCAGCACCCCAAUUACCAACACAACCGCACUAUACAGCGACGAAGCCGCCAACUGAUGCCAAGACUGCAGUAGAUGCACCUUUAAAAGCUCGUACUCACCGAGGAAAUGGUCGUCGAGGUCGUGGUGGAUCGAAUCAUGUCAAAGAUGGUAAUAACAAGCGUGAUAAUAAACCUCGAACAGCGUCUACAAUGGCCAAUGGGCCGACUGCCGAAAGCCAAACACUUUUUACCAAACGACGAUCUCGUCAUUUUGACAAGCCGAACAUGACAGUUUCCAUUCAACAAGUUCAAAUUGAUAAAUAA